AUGUUCUUUCUAGAAGGUAUUCCAAAAGAACCUCAGUUUCCUCUACUUGCCUUUCAUUCUCUGCUCAGAUUUUCCGGACACAGAACCUCGGGUAAUAUCCACUACAAGAAGAAAGCACUUGAUCUGGAAGUGCUCCUGCGUCUCUUCAUCAUCUUGAUAUUCGACAUUGACAAAACACUUUUGGCUUCUCAUCUAGUCACAGACAAUGGCUUCAACAUGAGGGAUUCUGGUAAAUUGACAAGGAACGGAGCGGAAGUCUCAAUAACGGACACAGGACAGAGCUGUCUUCGUGAAGAUGGUACUCACUCCUAUGGUAUAAACUUCAUUCGGAAUACCACAUGCUCACGAAACCCCCUUGCUUCAGAUUUUUCAACAAGACCAUUUUGGAGACCGUAUGGUAUCCCAUCAUCAGAACAGUCGCUAACUGUUUCUCCAUCCUUAAUACCCAAUACGUGGGUAUGGAAUCCUUCUAAUCUAAAUCAUCCAACACAACCUAAUAUACAGGAUUCACCCUAUGAAAGAAGCAGAUCAUAUGUAACUCAGCGACACCACAACGAUCUGCUAUACAAAUCCCAACCAACUAGACCACCGUGGAGACCAACUUAUGUAAACAAUCCACCUGAUGCCGAUCCAGUUAACAGACCUCAACCAUCUAGGCCACCGUGGAAACCAACUUACAUAAACAAUCCUCCUCAUGCCGAUCCAGCGUAUGGACCUCAACCAUCUAGCCCACCGUGGAGACCAACUUACAUAAACAAUCCUCCUCAUGCCGAUCCAGCGUAUGGACCUCGACCAUCUAGACCACCGUGGAGACCAACUUACCUAAACAAUCCUCCUCAUGCCGAUCCAUCAUACGGACCUCAACCAUCUAGACCACCGUGGAGACCAACUUAUGUAAACAAUCCACCUGAUGCCGACCCAGCUAACAGACCUCAACCAUCUAGUCCACCAUGGAGAUCAACUUACCUAAACAAUCCUCCUCAUGCCGAUCCAGCGUACGGACCUCAACCAUCUGGACCACCAUGGAGACCACCUUAUUUAAACAAUCCACCUCAUGCUGAUCCAGCAUACAGACCUCAACCAACUAGACCACCAUGGAGACCAACUUACAUAAACAAUCCACCUGAUACCGAUCCAGUAUACAGACCUCAACCAUCUAGACCACCGUUGAGACCAACUUAUGUAAACAAUCCUCCUCACACCGAUCCAGCGAACAGACCUCAACCAUCUAGACUACCGUGGAGACCAUCUCGUGUUACACAACCAUCUGGGAAGGAAGAUCCAAUUCAGCAAACAAGGCAACAUUGGAAACCUUCUCUGGUCCGUCACCCAGAACCUUCAGAUCGUAGACCACCAAAUAAUCAAUGGACUAAGAACUCCUACCAGUACCCAGGGGGGCCAUUUAGGUUUACUACUCCUUCUUGGAGACCUAUUACAGGCCGACCCAGAUCAGAGAGAAACAAUGAAAGUGUAUCACUUGUUUCAGCCUCUCAUCUUCUACGAACGCUUUGUGUGAUAUACCUGGUGAUAUUUGGACGCCAUGUUGAUUUAUUAUAAAAAUACUAACUGGGGAAGUGAACGGUAAUGCAAGAGACCGUAGUUAAUUCUCACAACUAAGCCUUUUUUUUUCUUUUACCCUUUUGUUUUGGUAAUUCAAAGAACUCCUUAGGUUUGGACCAUGAAAAAAAAAA